AUGACUCUGUAUAACCCUGAAGCAAAACACUGUGGGAACCAUCGGAAAAUUUACUUGGUCUGCCUGAUCAACUUGUUUUUACACUUCGGUGUCUUUGCUCAGUCUAGAUCCGUGACAGUAGAUCCUGCUAGAGCAAAAUUGGGUGAAAAUGCAUUGAUGACGUAUACAUUCACACUUAAACCAGGAGAAGAUUUGGAUUUCUUGGUUUGGUUCAAAAGUGACGCAGAUGGUGUUAAACAAGGGGAUCCUAUUGUAACUAAUAUAAGUGGAAACCCACAACCAAAUGGUAGAUACGGCUUAAGUGAUAAUGGAAGUCUUAUUAUAUCUAGAGUUGAAGUAGAGGAUUCAGGCUACUACCUCUGUAGAGUAAUUGCAACACCUAACUCUGACGCUGCAGAAGGUUUCUCAAAUUUAACAGUAUACUACCUUGAGACACCAAUAUUGGCACCGAAAGAGAAAUAUGUCAAUAGAAACAAAACUACGACAUUUACAUGCCCUUUGCCCAAUGGUGAUCGAACACCUAUCACCAACACGUGGAUCAAAGAUUGCGGCGUACUUGAUGUGUUUGAUAUUGAGAAGUAUCCACAGUCAGAUACAAUAUUAGAGAUCAGCGGAGUCAAUGAAAUGGAUGAAGGAGACUACCAGUGUCAAGCAGAGAAUGCAGCUUACAAUGGGAGUGAAGGAAAGCUUAGUAAUAAAGGAACACUGUCAUUGUUCAGUCUCACUUCUCCAUCAACAUCCAUAGCCAGUUCUUUCACCAUAGUCCCAUCAUCAACAUCCGUAUCAAGUAAUGCAGCCACGGUACCACUGCAAUGUUCAGGUUCAGAUGCUGGUCUUCUUGUUGGAAUGACGUUUUUAGGUUUCUUCUUCGGAAUCCUUUUGUCUUUAUCUAUAUUUUUUGUCCUCGGAAAGAUGAGAAAUUCAAAGGCACAGGUAUCCGAAGCAACUUCAAGAGAUGAAAAACAUUCAUCGGUAAUUGAAGCAUCAUCCAGAGAUUACGAACUACCGACGGUAUCCGAAGCAACUUCAAGAGAUGAAAAACAUUCAUCGGCUUAUACGGCGUACAAAGUUCUAGGUGCCCUUGCUCAAUCAAGAUCAGUGAUAGUAGAUCCUGCUACGGCAAAAUUGAGUGAAAAUGCAUUAAUGACGUAUACAAUUACACCUGCACCAGGAGAAGAUUUGACUUUCUUGGCUUGGUUCAAAAGUGAUGCAAAUGGUGUUACACAAGGGGAUAAUAUCAUACAUACCGGUAAUGCAUAUGGAAACAACGGUAGAUACAGCUUAAGUGAUAAUGGAAGCCUUAUUAUUUCUAACGUUGUAGUAGAAGAUGCAGGUUACUACUUGUGCCGAGCAUUUACUUCUGAUGGUAACACUGCAGACGGUUUCUCAAAUUUAACAGUCUACUACCUUGAGACACCAAUGUUGUCACCAACAGAGAGAUAUGUCAACAGAAACAAAACUACGACAUUCACAUGCCCUUUCCCUGAUGGUGUUCCAACACCUAUCACCAUUACAUGGAUCAAAACUGGCUGUGUACUAGAUGUGUCUGAUACUGAGAAGUAUCCACAGUCAGAUACAACAUUAAAGAUCAGCAGAGUCAAUGAAAUGGAUGAAGGAGACUACCGAUGUCGAGCAGAAAAUGCAGCUUACAGUGGGAGUGAAGGAAAGCUGAGUAAUAAAGGAACAAUGUCAUUGUUUAGGCCUACUUCUCCAUCAACGACAUCCAUAGCCAGUUCUUUCUCCAUAGGACCAUCAUUAACAUCCGUAGCAAGUAUUUCAACCACGGUACCACAGAAAUGUUCAGGUUCAAAUACUAAUCUUCUAGUUGGAUCGACGUUUCUAAGUUUCUUACUGGGAAUCCUUUUAUCUUCAUUUAUAUUUGUCGUCCUCGGAAAGAUGAGAAAUUCAAAGCCACAGGUAACCAAAGCAAUAUCGAGACAUUACGAAGAACCGGCGGUAACUGAAGCAACACCCAGACAUUAUGAACAACCGGCGGUAAGAAAGAUGGAAUAUAAUAAAAUCAGUAGUUAUUGA